GCAGAAGGCGAAGGUCCAGCUCUGAUAAAGGUAGGAAAGGGCUCCUGACGUCAGCUCGUUUUUUAAACAGAACAAGAUGGCGGAGAAGAGCGGGCUCAGGAAUCGGAAUCAUUUGGAACAGAAAUAUAAAUACGACGUUUUUGACGAAGGUCAGUACGGAGUGGAAGAUGUAGCACUACCCUGGCAAGAUGAGGAGCAGGAGGAAGAUGAUGAUGAGGAAGAAGAGGAGCUGUUCCUGAAUGGUGCUGAGGAGGAGGAAGCAAUGGUGGCUGGACCUGUGCAGGUGGUGCUGGCCCACGAGGACAGCCACCGGUUCGAGCUGGACGAGGCAGCCCUGGAGCGCGUUUUGCUUCAAGAGCAUGUGCGUGACCUCCACGUGGUGGUGGUGUCUGUUGCGGGGGCCUUCCGUAAGGGCAAGUCCUUCCUGCUGGACUUCAUGCUGCGCUACAUGUACAACCAGUCAUCCAGCUUCUGGCUUGGGGGUGAAGAAGUCCCCCUGACUGGCUUCACUUGGAGGGGCGGCUGUGAGCGGGAGACGACGGGGAUCCAGCUCUGGAGUGAGGUGUUUGUGGUGGACAGGCCUGACGGGAGCAAGGUGGCGGUUCUUCUUGUGGACACCCAGGGAGCUUUUGAUAGCCAGUCCACCAUCAAGGACUGUGCCACAGUGUUUGCCCUGAGCACCAUGACGAGCUCCAUACAGGUAUACAAUUUAUCCCAAAAUGUUCAAGAAGAUGACCUUCAGCAUCUUCAGCUCUUCACCGAGUAUGGACGCCUUGCCAUGCAGGAGAUCUACCAGAAGCCCUUCCAGGUGUGUCUCUUGCUGUGUUUCUAAUGCUGCGUUCCAUUUGAACUUGUAACUCAAAUUCUAAGUUCCUGGUCGGGAAUCUCGACUGGAACGCCCUCCUGAAGUCGGAAUUCUGACUCGUGAACUCUGAGGAAUCGACACAACCCCGAGCUCAGAAUUCAAGAUUGCUGUGGACAUGUUACUAUGGAGUUUUAUGCUCAAAACACCACAUUGAACUGAUAUUGCUAUCAAUUAAUCGGGCUAGGACUGGAUUACAUGCUUAGUUGGUGUGUGU